UUGGGACGUGUCAAAGAUCGCUCCGCAAAUGCAGUUAAUUUAAAGUGAUUAAGAAGUGAAAGAAAAUUAUAAAAAGGUGUCGUGGCUGUAAGAAUACGCGUAAGGACCAAACAGGACCAAAGUUUUCUAGCGAGAGUGCGUGGAUCUAUGCGGAAAAUCAGUAUAUUUUCCAUGCGGGUCAUACAUGUCGCGACAGGUAGACAUUUAUAGUGACGUGUAUAUUAAUUAAAGUUACGUACGUGAGUGGGCGCCCGUAUCGAUAGGAUCGGCAUCAGCCGAUACCUACUAAUAUGGUCGAUGAAUAUGCGGAAUAUAGAUGUGCCGCAUGUAAGAAGGAAAUAAAAAGUCAGGUCGUGACAUGUAAGUCAUGUGUCAAACUUUUCUUCCAUCCUGGAUGUGCAAGUAAACAUAAGGUGUAUGACAGAAAUCGAGAAUAUGUGUCUUGUCCUGGCCCAUAUGAGAAGUUCACAGUAGACAGUGAAAAAGAUAUAGAUAUGAAAAAAACACCAAUACAGACGGGAAGCGGAAGAGAAAGACUAAGUUCUACGGGAUCGACGGGAAGUGGCGGAAGCAGAGCGAUAGGAGUCAACGUGGGCAUGGAUACGAAAAUUGAUUGGCUAGUAAGAACUAUGAGAGAGAUGAAAGAUGAAAUGGCAUGCAAACGAGAAAUAAAAAUGCUGAUUAAAGAAACAGUGCAAGAGGAAAUAAAAGCUAUUAAACAAGAAAUGGAAGACCUACGAAAAAUAAUACGAGGAGGAAUGCAGGCGUCAGCGGAAAAUGUGCGCGGCAGUUACAGUGAGGCAAUAAAGAAAAAGAAGGAAAACAUCAUAAUCAUCAAACCGAAGACUCAGCAAGAAAGUGAGACCACUAAAAAAAUAAUAAAAGAAAAAGUUGAUAUUAAGAAUAUGCCAAUGGGGAUCACAAAGGUACGAAAAGGAAGAGAAGGAACAGUAAUUCUAGGAUGUGAGACCGGAGAAGAAAUAGAUAAAUUAAAAGAUGUAGUGCAGUCUAAACUAGGUGACAAUUAUAAUGUUACAGAAUCAGUACAAAAGAAGCCGAAAAUAAAAAUUGUUAAUAUUAGCGAGGAAGAAAUAGAGUUGGAUGACGAUGAGCUAAUAGAUACAAUAAAGAAACAGAAUAGUAUUGGUGAAUCUCGUAUAAGCAUAGUUAAGAAAAUCCCGAAAAGAAAAAAUAUGGAUGAUAGUCAAUCUAGAAGGAAAGGAAAAGAAGGUAGAUCUUUAAUAAUUGAAGUAGAUGAAGUAACACAUGAAUUGAUGUUAAAAAAAGAAAAGUUGAAUAUAGGCUGGAGAAAAUGUCCUGUGUUCAAUCACUUUAGCAUAAAGAGAUGUUUCAAGUGCUGGGGAUUCUACCACAUUGCAAAAAACUGUACGAGAGAUGAAACGUGUCAUAAAUGUACAGGAAAGCAUAAAGCAAGUGAAUGUAGAGAGAAGCAGAACAAAUGUGUAAAUUGUAUGUUUAAAAUAAAAACAUAUAAUUUAAAAAUAAAAGACGAUCAUGAUGCUCUGGAUCCGGAAUGCCCGACAUACAAGAGGGCUAUCGAAGAGGAAAAGAGGAGAGGUGGAUGGGAAGCCAAAAAAUAGCAAUUACAGAAAGAAGAGGAUCAGAUAAUAUAUACAAACGCGCAAAGUUUAAUGGCACAUAAGGACGAGAUACAGCAUCAGAUUAUGAAGAAAUUAAAUCCGGCAAUUAUUGCAUUGUCGGAGUCAAGACUGAUUGCGGAAAUUGAAGACAGUGAAAUAAGUGUACCGGGAUACAGUGUGGUUAGAUGCGACGCGGAAAAUAGAAAUACAGGGGGGGUUGCUCUGUAUGUAAGAGACGAUAUCAAGUAUGAGAUAGUAGUAUUGAAAAAAUUAGAAAGGAUUGUGUGGUGCGUUGCAAUAGAAGUAAAAGAGAAAUUGUUUAAAGGAGUGUUAAUGGUAGUAUAUCAUUCACCGAGUGCGUCACAUGGAGAGUUUAUAGGAUUCUUAGAGGAGAUAGUAGAAGAAUUAACGA